AUGACUAAGUUUUGGUACUCUAUAUUUCAGACUGUUGAUGUAUUUGCUAUUGUGGCUUUAUCUGGAAUUCUAAGCAGAUUGCUGAGCAGUGGAACUAUAAUUGUGGCUACCAGUAAUCGAGCACCAAGCGACUUAAAUGAGGCUGGUAUGCAAAAAGAAAUAUUUCGGAAACUUGUCUCCAAAUUGGAAGACCAUUGUGAGAAGGUAUUGAUAGGGAGCGAAAUUGACUACCGUCGUUUUUUAGCACAAAAAUCAGAAAACCAGGUGCACUUUUUCUGGCCUAUUGGAAAGGAAGCAACCAAUGAAUUUGAGAAAAAGUGGCAUGAUGUAACAAGCAGAUUGGGAGGAAGAAUAGUUUCCAACACCACCAUCUCAGUGAUGUUUGGAAGGACACUUGAGGUUCCCAAAAGCUUUGAUGGAGUUGCGCGCUUUACAUUUGAAUAUCUUUGUGGUCGUCCGUUGGGUGCAGCAGAUUAUAUUGCAGUUGCCGAAAACUUUCACACUGUGUUCAUAUCUGAUAUUCCAGUAAUGAGUAUGCGCAUCCGUGACAAGGCACGGAGAUUUAUUACCCUUAUUGAUGAGUUAUACAAUCAUCAUUGCUGCCUAUGUUGUUUGGCAUCCUCUUCAAUUGAUGAAUUAUUUCAAGGAACUGAGGAGGGCACACUUUUUGACCUGGAAAGGUGAUUUUAUCUGUUUUGUGAGCUAUAUGAUGCAUGAAGAGCUUUGGAUUACAUAGUAUAGUUGUUUUAGACCUGCCUCACCGGAAAUAAAACUAAACUAGUCUAAUCGGGUGAGCCUAAGGUUCCUCAGUUUGUGAAGGUAUGAAGGAGAGUCAUUGUGUACAAUCUUCCCCUUGCAUACGAAUAGUAUUUUUCUGGAUUCAAGUUCAUUAACAACCAGUGACCAAGGUGCAACUUUAGUGUUGUGUUACUGGAUGCUUCCUUUUUGGUUAUUGUACUUCAAUACACUAUUUAGUCAUUGUUCUGAUGCUAGUUAGGCCUUGUAGCUGGAAACAAAUGGGUUUGUGUAGCAAAUUUCUAAUAAUUUUUCCUCUAAAUAGUUGUAAUCCAAAUUAUCAAGCACAUUGAGAUAGUGGCCCCAACAGACUUUUGGGAUCAAUCAGAUUAUAAAAGAUGCAACUUUUUAUUUCAUUCGUAACUUAUCUCUUGUCUCUAGUCUUUCACUACUUUGGAGUUUUCUCCAUUGUUGUCCUAGACAUUAGUCAUUUUAUGUUCUUAGGUCUAUGUUUCCUUUAUUUUCAAAAGAGUUUGUUGAAUCAUUUAAGUGUUAUGUGUGUCAGGGAGCAAAACAGCAUUGUGCCACAUUCUCCUUGUAAUAAAAAGUGUUGAUUUCUUUUGAAUUAAUUCACUCUGAUAUAUGGGUCUUGCGUCAAAUUCUAGUAUUACCA